GGGAGGAGAGGAGGAGGAGGAGGAGGAGGAGGUGGAGGAGGAGGAGGCAGGGGAGGAGAGAGAGAGAAGGCGCACGCCGCGAGGAGGUGUGCGCGUUCCGCUUCCCUCCUGACGGGACGAGCUCCGUCUUCGCGGGAUGGGGUCGCCCGGCGGCUGCUAGCCGCUCUCCUCGCCCCGCUCCCCAAACCGGCGGCUCCCGGCACCCAGGAGCCGACUCCAGAGGAGCAAGGAUUUGCACCCCUGGCUGGGCCUGUUUUGGCAACAGAGUGCCUGACCCGGGUCAGGGUUUUCGAGAAAGAUGUCUGACAAAAUGUCUAGUUUCCUGCAUAUUGGAGACAUUUGUUCUCUUUACGCCGAGGGUUCGACAAAUGGAUUUAUCAGCACCUUGGGCUUGGUGGAUGAUCGAUGUGUUGUACAGCCAGAAACCGGGGACCUUAACAAUCCACCUAAGAAAUUCAGAGACUGCCUCUUCAAGCUAUGCCCCAUGAACCGCUACUCCGCCCAGAAGCAGUUCUGGAAAGCCGCCAAGCCGGGGGCCAACAGCACGACGGACGCGGUGCUGCUCAACAAACUGCACCAUGCUGCAGACUUGGAGAAGAAGCAGAACGAGACAGAAAACAGGAAAUUGCUGGGGACCGUCAUCCAGUACGGCAACGUGAUCCAGCUCCUCCACCUGAAGAGCAAUAAGUACCUGACCGUGAACAAGAGGCUCCCGGCUCUGCUGGAGAAGAACGCCAUGAGAGUGACCUUGGACGAGGCCGGAAACGAAGGCUCCUGGUUUUACAUUCAGCCGUUCUACAAGCUGCGGUCCAUCGGGGACAGCGUGAGUGCAGGCCCCGGCCUGGAGGGCGCGGUGCCCUCCCCCAGCCCCAGCUGCGUAGUAGAGUCGGCUUGCGGAAGUUCAGGCCGGGCGUGGGGCUCAGGCCUGGUCAAUGGUCCUGUCCGGUGCCUAGAAUCAACUGUUCACGCGGAGCAGGAGAAGUUUCUCACCUGCGACGAGCACAGAAAGAAGCAGCACGUCUUCCUGCGGACCACGGCCGCCAGUCGGCCCACCUCCGCCACCAGCUCAAAGCCCUCAUGGGCUGAGACUUCCCCACCUCCCAGUGACCGUUCUUCUCCUCUUUUGCAGGUGGUCCAGCACGACCCGUGUCGGGGCGGAGCUGGGUACUGGAACAGCCUCUUCCGUUUCAAGCACCUGGCCACGGGGCAUUACCUGGCGGCAGAGGUGGACCCCGAUCAGGACGCCUCCCGCAGCAGGUUACGAAACGCCCAGGAAAAGAUGGUGUACUCCCUGGUCUCGGUGCCCGAGGGCAAUGACAUCUCCUCCAUCUUCGAGCUAGACCCCACCACUCUCCGUGGAGGUGACAGCCUCGUCCCAAGGAACUCCUAUGUCCGACUGAGACACCUGUGCACGAACACCUGGGUUCACAGCACCAAUAUCCCCAUCGACAAGGAAGAAGAGAAACCCGUGAUGCUGAAGAUCGGGACGUCCCCCGUGAAGGAGGAUAAGGAGGCGUUCGCCAUCGUUCCGGUUUCUCCGGCCGAAGUCCGGGACCUGGACUUCGCCAACGAUGCCAGCAAGGUGCUGGGCUCCAUCGCGGGGAAGCUGGAGAAGGGCACCAUCACGCAGAACGAGAGAAGGUCUGUCACCAAGCUGCUGGAAGAUUUGGUUUACUUUGUCACCGGUGGAACCAAUUCUGGCCAAGACGUGCUCGAAGUGGUCUUUUCCAAACCCAACCGAGAACGGCAGAAACUGAUGAGAGAACAGAAUAUUCUCAAGCAGAUCUUCAAGCUGCUGCAGGCGCCGUUCACGGACUGCGGGGACGGCCCGAUGCUGCGGCUGGAGGAGCUGGGGGACCAGCGGCACGCGCCCUUCAGACACAUCUGCCGGCUGUGCUACCGCGUGCUGCGACACUCGCAGCAGGACUACAGGAAGAACCAGGAGUACAUAGCCAAGCAGUUCGGCUUCAUGCAGAAGCAGAUCGGCUACGACGUGCUGGCCGAAGACACCAUCACUGCCCUGCUGCACAACAACCGGAAACUUCUGGAAAAGCACAUCACCGCCGCAGAGAUCGACACGUUUGUCAGUCUGGUGCGGAAGAACAGGGAGCCCAGAUUCCUGGAUUACCUGUCCGAUCUCUGUGUGUCCAUGAACAAGUCCAUCCCAGUGACCCAGGAGCUGAUAUGCAAGGCCGUGCUCAACCCCACCAACGCCGACAUCCUCAUCGAGACCAAGUUGGUUCUGUCGCGUUUCGAGUUCGAAGGCGUGUCCACGGGAGAGAGCGCCCUGGAGGCCGCGGAGGACGAGGAGGAGGUGUGGCUGUUCUGGAGGGACAGCGACAAGGAGAUCCGCAGCAAGAGCGUGCGGGAGCUGGCGCAGGACGCCAAGGAAGGGCAGAAGGAGGACCGGGACGUCCUCAGCUACUACAGGUACCAGCUGAACCUGUUCGCCAGGAUGUGUCUGGACCGCCAGUACUUGGCCAUCAACGAGAUCUCGGGCCAGCUGGACGUGGACCUCAUCCUGCGCUGCAUGUCGGACGAGAACCUGCCCUACGACCUGCGGGCGUCCUUCUGCCGCCUCAUGCUGCACAUGCACGUGGACCGCGACCCGCAGGAGCAGGUCACGCCCGUGAAAUACGCCCGCCUCUGGUCCGAGAUCCCCUCCGAGAUCGCCAUCGACGACUAUGAUAGCAGUGGAGCUUCCAAAGACGAAAUCAAGGAGCGGUUCGCUCAGACCAUGGAGUUUGUGGAGGAGUACUUAAGGGACGUGGUUUGUCAGAGGUUUCCUUUCUCUGAUAAGGAGAAAAACAAGCUUACGUUUGAGGUCGUAAAUUUAGCCAGGAAUCUCAUCUACUUUGGUUUCUACAACUUCUCUGACCUUCUGCGAUUAACCAAGAUCCUCCUGGCCAUCCUGGACUGCGUGCACGUGACCACGAUCUUCCCCAUCAGCAAGAUGCCGAAAGGGGACGAGAGCAAAGGUAACGAUGAGGUGGAGAAGCUGAAGAGCAGCAACGUGAUGAGGUCGAUCCACGGCGUGGGGGAGCUGAUGACGCAGGUGGUGCUGCGCGGCGGGGGCUUUCUGCCCAUGGCGCCCAUGGCCGCCGCGCCCGAGGGCAACGUGAAGCAGGCGGAGCCCGAGAAGGAGGACAUCAUGGUCAUGGACACCAAGCUGAAGAUCAUUGAGAUCCUCCAGUUUAUUUUGAAUGUGAGGUUGGAUUAUAGGAUCUCCUGCCUCCUGUGUAUAUUUAAGCGGGAGUUUGACGAAAGCAAUUCUCAGACUUCGGAAACGUCCUCCGGAAACAGCAGCCAAGAAGGACCCAGUAACGUACCAGGUGCUCUUGACUUUGAACACAUUGAAGAGCAAGCAGAAGGCAUCUUUGGAGGAAGUGAGGAGAACACCCCGCUGGACCUGGACGAUCACGGCGGCAGGACCUUCCUCCGCGUCCUGCUCCACCUGACCAUGCACGACUACCCGCCCCUGGUGUCGGGGGCCCUGCAGCUCCUCUUCCGGCACUUCAGCCAGAGGCAGGAGGUGCUCCAGGCCUUCAAGCAGGUCCAGCUGCUGGUCACCAGCCAAGACGUGGACAACUACAAACAGAUCAAGCAGGACCUGGACCAGCUGCGGUCCAUCGUGGAGAAGUCGGAGCUGUGGGUGUACAAAGGGCAGGGCCCCGACGAGACCAUGGACGGCGCGUCCGGCGAGAACGGACACAAGAAGGCAGAGGACGGGAAUAACAAGUCGCAAAAGCACGAAAGCACCAGCAGCUACAAUUACAGAGUGGUGAAGGAGAUCCUGAUCCGGCUGAGCAAGCUGUGCGUGCAGGAGGGCGCGACGGUGCGGAAGAGCCGGAAGCAGCAGCAGCGGCUGCUCCGCAACAUGGGCGCGCACGCCGUGGUGCUCGAGCUGCUGCAGAUCCCCUACGAGAAGGCCGAAGACACCAAGAUGCAGGAGAUAAUGAGGCUGGCGCACGAGUUUCUGCAGAAUUUCUGCGCGGGCAACCAGCAGAACCAAGCUCUGCUGCAUAAACACAUAAACCUGUUCCUCAACCCGGGGGUAAGACUCGGGGCCUGGUCGGUGAAGCUGACCCUCUCACCAGCCAUGCAGGAAGUUGCCGCGGAAGGCAGCAUCGGCCAGUCUACGGCUGUUCGGCAUUUGAAGCAAAUUGCAAAGCUGGUCAAUUCCGGCGAGGACGUCCUGGUGUUCUACAACGACAGAGCCUCCUUCCAGACUCUGAUCCAGAUGAUGCGCUCGGAGCGGGACCGCAUGGACGAGAACAGCCCGCUCAUGUACCACAUCCACCUGGUGGAGCUGCUGGCCGUGUGCACGGAGGGCAAGAACGUCUACACGGAGAUCAAGUGCAACUCCCUGCUCCCGCUGGACGACAUCGUGCGCGUGGUCACCCACGAGGACUGCCUCCCCGAGGUUAAAAUCGCGUACAUCAACUUCCUGAAUCACUGCUACGUGGAUACCGAGGUGGAAAUGAAGGAGAUUUACACCAGCAACCACAUGUGGAAAUUGUUCGAGAAUUUCCUUGUAGACAUCUGCAGGGCUCCCGUUGUCCGCAGCUUGCACAACACCAGCGACAGGAAGCACGCCGACUCGGUUCUGGAGAAGUACGUCACAGAGAUCGUCAUGAGCAUCGUCACGACCUUCUUCAGCUCGCCCUUCUCCGACCAGAGCACCACGCUGCAGACUCGCCAGCCGGUCUUUGUGCAGCUGCUGCAGGGCGUGUUCAGGGUUUACCACUGCAACUGGCUGGCGCCGAGCCAGAAGGCCUCCGUGGAGAGCUGCAUCCGGGUGCUCUCUGACGUGGCUAAGAGCCGGGCCAUCGCCAUUCCCGUGGACCUGGACAGCCAGGUCAACAACCUCUUCCUGAAAUCCCACAACAUCGUGCAGAAGACAGCCAUGAACUGGAGGCUGUCCGCCCGCAAUGCUGCCCGCAGAGACUCUGUUCUGGCAGCUUCCAGAGACUACCGGAAUAUCAUCGAGCGACUGCAGGACAUCGUGUCGGCGCUGGAGGACCGGCUGCGGCCCCUGGUGCAGGCGGAGCUGUCCGUGCUCGUGGACGUGCUGCACAGGCCCGAGCUGCUCUUCCCCGAGAACACGGACGCCAGGAGAAAGUGCGAGAGCGGCGGCUUCAUCUGCAAGUUAAUCAAGCAUACGAAGCAGCUGCUGGAGGAAAAUGAGGAGAAACUCUGCAUCAAAGUCCUGCAGACCCUCAGGGAAAUGAUGACCAAAGACAGAGGGUAUGGGGAAAAGCUAAUUUCCAUUGAUGAAUUGGACAAUGCUGAGCUGCCGCCAGCCCCGGAUGCCGAGAACGCCACCGCCGAGCAGGAGGUCGAAGCAAGUCCACCACUGAGGCAGCUGGAAGACCAUAAAAGGGGUGAGGCACUCAGGCAAAUUCUGGUCAACCGUUACUAUGGAAACAUCAGACCUUCGGGAAGAAGAGAGAGCCUGACGAGCUUCGGCAAUGGCCCGCUGUCGCCCGGAGGACCCAGCAAGCCCGGGGGAGGAGGGGGAGGUUCCGGAUCCGGUUCCAUGAGCAGGGGGGAGAUGAGCCUGGCCGAGGUCCAGUGUCACCUGGACAAGGAAGGGGCCUCCAACCUGGUCAUCGACCUCAUCAUGAACGCGACCAGUGACCGGGUGUUCCACGAGAGCAUCCUGCUGGCCAUCGCCCUUCUAGAAGGAGGCAACACCACCAUCCAGCACUCCUUUUUUUGCCGGUUGACAGAAGACAAGAAGUCAGAGAAAUUCUUUAAGGUCUUUUACGACCGCAUGAAGGUGGCCCAGCAAGAAAUCAAGGCAACGGUGACAGUAAACACCAGUGACCUGGGAAAUAAAAAGAAAGAAGAUGAGACAGACAGGGAGGAAAAAAGAAGAAAAAGAAGAAGGGAGCCCGCGCCGCAGAUCACGGAGGAGGCCCGCGACCAGCUGCUGGACGCGUCCGCCGCCACCAGGAAGGCCUUCUCCACCUUCCGGAGGGAGGCCGACCCGGACGACCACUACCAGGCCAGCGGGCGAGGCCCAGCGCGCCGUACAGCCCAAGACGACUGGGAGAUGAGCGCCGUCAUCACCAUCAUGCAGCCCAUCCUGCGCUUCCUGCAGCUGCUGUGCGAGAACCACAACCGCGACCUGCAGAACUUCCUGCGCUGCCAGAACAACAAGACCAACUACAACCUGGUGUGCGAGACGCUGCAGUUCCUGGACUGCAUCUGCGGCAGCACCACCGGCGGCCUGGGGCUGCUCGGGCUGUACAUCAACGAGAAGAACGUGGCCCUCAUCAACCAGACCCUGGAGAGCCUCACCGAGUACUGCCAGGGCCCCUGCCACGAGAACCAGAACUGCAUCGCCACGCACGAGUCCAACGGCAUCGACAUCAUCACAGCCCUGAUUCUCAAUGACAUCAACCCCCUGGGGAAGAAGAGGAUGGAUCUUGUGCUAGAACUGAAGAACAACGCCUCCAAGCUGCUGCUGGCCAUCAUGGAAAGCAGGCACGACAGCGAGAACGCCGAGCGCAUCCUCUACAACAUGCGGCCCAAGGAGCUGGUGGAGGUGAUCAAGAAGGCCUACCUGCAAGGGGAGGUGGAGUUCGAGGACGGGGAGAACGGCGAGGACGGAGCUGCCUCCCCCAGGAACGUGGGGCACAACAUCUACAUUCUGGCCCAUCAGCUGGCGCGGCACAACAAGGAGCUGCAGAGCAUGCUGAAGCCGGGCGGCCAGGUGGACGGAGACGAAGCGCUGGAGUUCUAUGCCAAGCACACGGCGCAGAUCGAGGUGAGCGCGGGCGGGCCUGCCCCGCGGCUGGCGCGCACUCGUGGAUGUGUUCCGCCGCCGGUCCCGGCGAUCUGGCGGGAGUUUCUCACCCGGUAGUCCCAAGCUGCGCAUUCUACUACCCCGACAGGGAGCGGACGAAGCAGGGCAGCAGAGGAUCAAGACUUGCUUCUGCGCUCCGAGGACCUCUUCAACGAGAUGAACUGGCAGAAGAAGCUGAGAGCCCAGCCCGUGCUGUACUGGUGCGCCCGGAACAUGUCCGUGUGGAGCAGCAUCUCCUUCAACCUGGCCGUGCUCAUGAACCUGCUCGUCGCCUUCUUCUACCCGUUCAAGGGCGUCCGAGGAGGGACGCUGGAGCCGCACUGGUCGGGCCUCCUGUGGACCGCCAUGCUCAUCUCCCUGGCCAUCGUCAUCGCCCUGCCCAAGCCCCACGGCAUCCGGGCCCUGAUCGCCUCCACCAUCCUCCGGCUCAUCUUCUCGGUCGGGCUGCAGCCCACGCUGUUUCUCCUGGGAGCUUUCAACGUCUGCAACAAAAUCAUCUUUCUGAUGAGCUUCGUGGGCAACUGCGGCACGUUCACCAGGGGCUACCGGGCCAUGGUUCUGGACGUGGAGUUCCUCUACCACCUGCUGUACCUGCUCAUCUGCGCCAUGGGGCUGUUCGUGCACGAGUUCUUCUACAGCCUGCUGCUUUUUGAUUUAGUGUACAGAGAAGAGACUCUGCUCAACGUCAUCAAAAGCGUCACCCGCAACGGAAGGUCCAUCAUCUUGACGGCCGUCCUGGCUCUGAUCCUGGUGUACCUGUUCUCCAUAGUGGGCUAUCUCUUCUUCAAGGAUGACUUCAUCUUGGAAGUCGACAGGCUGCCCAACGAGACCGCGGUUCCAGAAGCCGGCGAGAGUUUGGCCAACGAGCUGCUGUUCUCGGACGUGUGCCGGGUGGAGACCGGGGAGAACUGUUCCUCUCCUGCACCCAGAGAAGAGCUGGCCCCGGUGGAGGAGACGGAGCAGGACAAGGAGCACACGUGCGAGACGCUGCUCAUGUGCAUCGUCACCGUGCUGAGCCACGGGCUGCGCAGCGGGGGCGGCGUGGGCGACGUGCUCCGGAAGCCGUCCAAAGAGGAGCCCCUCUUCGCUGCCAGGGUGAUCUACGACCUCCUGUUCUUCUUUAUGGUCAUCAUCAUCGUGCUGAACCUCAUCUUCGGGGUGAUCAUCGACACGUUCGCCGACCUGCGGAGCGAGAAGCAGAAGAAGGAGGAGAUCCUGAAGACCACGUGCUUCAUCUGCGGCCUGGAGAGGGACAAGUUUGACAACAAGACCGUCACCUUCGAGGAGCACAUCAAGGAAGAGCACAACAUGUGGCACUACCUGUGCUUCAUCGUCCUGGUGAAGGUCAAGGACUCCACAGAGUACACGGGCCCCGAGAGCUACGUGGCCGAGAUGAUCAAGGAGAGGAACCUCGACUGGUUCCCGCGGAUGCGGGCCAUGUCGCUGGUGAGCAGCGACUCGGAGGGGGAACAGAACGAGCUGAGGAACCUGCAGGAGAAGCUGGAGUCCACCAUGAAGCUCGUCACCAACCUCUCGGGCCAGCUGUCGGAGCUGAAGGACCAGAUGACAGAACAAAGGAAGCAGAAACAAAGAAUCGGCCUCCUGGGACAUCCUCCUCACAUGAAUGUCAACCCACAGCAGCCCGCCUAAGCAAGCGAAACACAGGAAUUAGUAUUUACCUUUUAUAAUUAUUAUUAGUGUGGGUACGGCUUCUGACUUUGAUUCGCCCACUGAAGGUUACGUUGACGCGCAGUCCAUUUGUAAAUACCGUUUCAUACCGUGUGUAUAUGAUUGCUACUCUAAAAGGUUUGGAGACAUGUCUUGUAACUAGAACUGUUGGCAUGAGGACAUUUCAUUUGUGCCAAAAAUACUGCAAAUACCUUUCUCGGAAGGACUGAAGAAAGCACCCGAUUUGCACUUGAACCAUAUUAUAGAUUUCAAAGCAUAUGACAUGUAUUUUGUAUUUAAAGCUAGAAUAGCCAGUAUUUAUGUUUUUUAUAAAACUGUGCAAUACAGAUUUAUGCAAUCACAAUAAAUUUGUAACUCCCGAGUGUUCUAAAGGGAGUACACAUCUUUGAAGCUGGUGUGUUAAUACUAUGUAAUAAAUGGUUAAAUAUCCAAUGAUGCUGCUGCCAAAAUCAUAUUACUAGUGAGUUUCAGCCCCCCGGGCACUUUUGUACCAUGUAAUUAUCCAGUGGUGAUGCUGUUUUCUCGUUGCUAGUGGCAUUAGUGCCAACGUCUCAGUGAAAAUGCUCCACGUCUACGAACUGUUAAAUGAGCAUUCACUUUAAGAAAAGCAACUUUAGUUUCAAAGAUACUUUUAAGCUUCUAAAUUGAUCAUUUAAACUAUUUCUUUAAGAGUGCCAAAUUAGAGGCUCAUACUUUCGCUUGGGAAGAAGAUAAUGAAUUUUUUUUUUAAAGGGAAGUUUUUAUGCAAUGUUCAGGAUAAAUGCAUAUCGCUGGCCAGUGUCAUUUCCUGGGUGAAUUUUGAUGUCACGUUGUAAAGAAAUCAAUCACUGAGGGUUUGUAGAUUAUCUAGUCCAAACAAUAGUUAAUUUCGUUCAUCUGAACCAACAUAUUACGGUAGCUAAGAAGUAUUAAAACUAUAUACAUCGAUAUAAAGAUUAUCCCAUUAGAAGUCAUAGUUGAACACUGACAUGUUAUUCUUCUGAAAGAGCCACGUUUUGGUUUUCUUUGUCACAUGAUUUCUUUUCUUGAUGGAUGAAAAGUAUGAAAGGAAACUUUUAUAUCUGUUGCCUAGUUUUGUACAUGGAUCUCAUUUUACAAGAGAAUCUUCUCUGCAAAGAAGUUUUAAAAUGUAUUGAAAGCAGAAUUCUGAAAUGAAGCAAAGUUUGUAAAUGCCUAUAGAAAAAUAUUUAAUAAAUGAUGCAGAAUAAUA